GUUUGGCACCGAGAAGCGCGUCGGACUGUUUAGGUUCUGUAUUUAUUUUUAUUCGGGGUUUUUAUUUUCGUUUCGGUUUUACAACUUAAUUAACCCUCAUUCGAGUUCGUCUGGCAGCCAGAAAGUUUGUUUUACGAGCGGGGUUUCGGGUCUAAAUUUACCAAGCGGGGCUCCGCGUGACGAGUUCUGGAUCUUGCCUCUCGCAGGAGAGCGGUGAGUCGUCCUGGUCCCCCCCCCCCCUGGGUCUCAAGUCCAGAGGGUGCUGAUUUAGCUCCCAGGUCACCUUGGCACCAUGAGUUGGUCCUUCCUUACUCGCCUGCUGGAUGAGAUCUCCAACCACUCCACCUUCGUGGGGAAGCUCUGGCUCACAGUGCUCAUCGUCUUCCGCAUCGUUCUGACCGCCGUCGGGGGUGAAGCCAUCUACUACGAUGAACAGAGUAAAUUUGUCUGCAACACGCAGCAGCCCGGGUGCGAGAAUGUGUGCUACGAUGCGUUCGCGCCACUCUCGCACGUCCGAUUCUGGGUCUUUCAGGUUAUCAUGAUCACUACCCCAACUAUUAUGUACCUGGGCUUUGCCAUGCACAAGAUCGCCCGCAUGGAAGACACCGAGUACCAGCCUGCCCGAAAAAGGAGGAAGAGGAUGCCCAUUGUCAACCGCGGGGCAGCUCGGGACUAUGAGGAGGCAGAGGACAACGGAGAGGAAGACCCGAUGAUUGCUGAAGAGAUUGAACCAGACAAGCCCGACAAAGUAGAAAAAAGCUCAGGCGAAAAGCAUGAUGGCCGUCGGCGAAUUCUGCGCGACGGCUUGAUGAAGGUCUACGUGUGCCAGCUGCUGUGGCGCUCUGCCUUCGAGGUCGCCUUCCUUUUCGGCCAGUACAUCCUCUACGGCUUCGAGGUGAUACCUUCCUACAUCUGCACUCGCUCACCAUGCCCACACACUGUGGACUGCUUUGUGUCCCGCCCCACGGAGAAGACCAUCUUUCUACUGGCGAUGUACGUGGUGUCUUUCCUCUGCCUGCUCCUCACUAUCCUGGAAAUUGUCCAUUUUGGGAUCGGCGGCAUCCGUGACACCUUCCGCAGGCGCGCUACAUCCAACGCGCGAGCCGCGCGGUCGCUCCCCUCACGCGCCAUGCCGACAGCCCCGCCGGGAUACCAUGCCACCAUGAAGAAGGAGAAACUAAAAGGUGAGCUGAAGGAUUCGCCAACGGCCGACUCCGGGAGGGAGAGUUUUGGGGACGAGGGGCCCUCGUCCAGGGAGCUGGAGCGGUUGAGGAGGCACCUGAAGCUGGCCCAGCAGCACCUCGACCUGGCCUACCAGACGGAUGAAGGAAGCCCUUUGCAAAGCAGGAGCCCGGAGAUCAACACAGCUGCCCAGACGGCCGCCGAGCAGAACCGCCUCAACUUUGCCCAGGAAAAGCAGGGAGAGCCAAGCGAGACAGGAAUACAUGAGUGAGCGUGCUUCCUGCCUCAAACGUCUGUCCUUCCAUUCCUACUGGCCUUAAACACAUGGGGGAAGCACAUAUGGGAAUGCAGUCAGACCACUGAGGGAGACCAAAGUGUGUGUGUGUGUGUGUGUGUGUGUGUGUCCGUGUGUGUGUGUGUUUUUGUAUGCAUAUGUGGAUAAGAGAAAUGAGCCUUUCAGUAUUAGGGGUCAGCCGAAAAGAAAGAAAAAUGCUGACCAAGCUGUUUUAUGACAAAUGGUUCAUCUCCACGACUCUAAACUUGAAAGCCUUCCACAUCUCAAGUUUCUGCUUGCCGACCUCCGUCCAAACCUUGACUGUGCCUUCAGCUAAAACCUUGUCUACACCCUGUUCUUUCAGCCACUGUGUUUUCGUGGCCAUGCAGUAAUCCUCAUCCAUUUCAGACCUUGUAAGGAUUGUUGUCGGCUUUAAACUCCUCUGGCCGAGUGUAGUGUUUUUUGUUUUUGAUUUUGGUUUUUUUUUUUUUGUUGUCUUCACAAAAUAGUCUCUCUUUUUAUAAAAAUGUCGCCAAAUGUUAAUGUCUCACUUUGUUGAGCCUUGUUGGCCUCGGAGAGAAUCUCAAACAGUAACAGCCUGGGGUUAUAUCAUUUCUGGAGCGUGUGCAGCAGGCGUAACCUGUGCUAGAUGAGUCACGUUUAAAUUAAACAGAUUUGGUGUUAGGGAUUAUUGUUUAUCAGCCAGAAGCCACAACAUUUCAGAAAGGUUUGCCAGAUAUUUGAAAGCCUGUGUAUUUACUCCAAUCGGCCAAAAUGUUUACCUGGGAAAUGCUUGAAUUCUUUAUCAACAAGAAAUGUUCCGAGGAACUUCCAAGAGUCAUUUUUGUACAAUCAAUUCAUUUAAAAUACUCAAUUUAUUUUACCAGUACUUUUUUUUUUUUUUUUGGUACUAUGACUUGACCAAAGCUCUAGAUUAGUUACUUUUUGUCUUGAGAGAAGAGUUGGCAUCACGAAUGGCACCUGCUUCACACGACUGCUGAGAAGUAGGCACAUGGAUGUUUCCCUAAAAUGAUGUACUAUAGAAAUUAUUCACAAUGUUCGUCAUUGCAGAAUGUUAAAAAAUUAAUUUUGCUUCUUGAGAGAUUUUUUUUGCUAACCAGCUGGAAACAUCUGUCUUCCAGGCUACUGUCAACAAUUAAACUUCAUCUUUGUCUUUUGAAAUUUACAUUCUUCUUUGGUGAGACACAUUUUCCAUUCUUGACCUGCACCACUAGUCCUCCUUUGUGCUGAAACAUGGAUGCUUUCAUGCAUCCUGGAAAAAAAAAAAAAAAAAAAUCAGCCCAGCUGACGAAAGGAUGACU